AUGUAUAGUAACAAUCAACAGUUAAACGAUGUAACACGUGUACCAUCAAUGGAUUUCAGCGAUUUCAUUAGCGCGUGUGCAUUUCCUCAGUGUGUUUGUGUUACACAUGGUAGUUUUGUGAGCGACAGAGUGCAGAUAUCCCGUGGUGAUGUCCUCAUUCUGAAGUCCUGCAUUACCAAGCAGGUAACCUUAUGUGUUCCGAAUAAUGCAGAUUCGUCUGUAAAAGUGAAUAUGACUUUUGAUUCUGGUCUGAAAUUCAAAGUACUGCCACCGGCCCACGUUGACAGCAGUGGGAAUACAAUCGUGUACCCUACCAUAGCAGAUCUCCUGAUGGACUGUCCUACUCACUUUGAAGCUACAACCUCUUAUGAUGAUCCAUAUUUGCCAGGAAUGUCUGUCAGCUCGGGAGACCGGUUUUGGUUUGUCCGAAUUAUUAGAGAUUUCAAAAAUGGACAAGAAAGGUUACAGGUUAGGGACUCCAAAGACAACACUGCUAUCUUGUCACAAGACUGCAUGGGUUAUUUUCGUCCAUUGAAAGAUGAUAAUGAGUAUUCCAUCAGAGAACUUAUAGGCAUAGCCCCAGUUCAGCGUAGGUUGUUAAUAGUUAAGUCGGAUGUUAUAAGUGAUACAAAAACAAUAUACAACGUUUACCAAACAUCUGACAUUUCUAGAAAGGAAAAUAUUACACAGAUACACAAUGAGAAUGAAAUUACGAUAAAAUUAGAAUGCCCAGUCGGUGAUCAACAUCUGCCUUUCCCAUCUGACGGGAUUGUUUACAUGAACAAGCCCGAGUUAACUGUUGUUGUAUCCCCUUAUAAUGACCUGGAAACUGCAUGGCAGAUUCCUGCCAUUGCUAACUUUCAAGUAAGAACUUAUUCGCCCAACGACUAUGAGAUUCCUGUCACAAAACUUCAGAAACAAAAUUUAUGUAAAGCUGAUACACUUCUUGAUGACGAGCUGCCUGUAUUUAUGGCUCCCAAUGCUCCGUCGUUAGUUGCACCUCAUAUUCCUAUCGAAAUCGACAACUUUGUCGACCUGUAUUGCUCUUAUUUUCCCGUGAUAGCAAACGUAGUAAGCACUGCUGCGGUCCAUCCCUACCUUCAGCAAGUGUUAAAUGGUGUUGAUGAAAUCAUCAUAUGCAAGCUGGAUGUGGUGAAAAGACUUUACGUAAAAGACACAAAGAGUGAUACAGUUUUUGCGCUGUCCAAAGAUGUGAAACUUUCUUUCGUGGAAUAUCCACAACAGUUUAAAACCGUGUCAGAAUUAGUGCAUUUACCUGUUGGGUCAGAAGUCAUAAUACUAGAAGAUAUUGCAGCAGAUUUUCCCAAACCGUUGUCGUUAAGAUUUGGUGAUGUUAUCAGGGUGACGUCAAACAUCCCUUGCAUAAUCAAAACAAAACUGGCUGGCGGAGACUGCCAGGUUCUAAAAUGUGACCGGAUCGACCCCGAGGCUGGUGGUAGCACAAGGUUGAAACUGCCGUUGGAUUUUGAAGUAACUAUGCUGUUGAAGACAGAUGAAAACUCUAGCAGGUUAAUAUCCAUGCACGAUCUACUUAAUGGCGUCGUCCCUAUACCAAGUCAAAGUGUCACGUAUGUCUCUGAAGAUGUCAGUAAUGAUGCUGUCCACAACCUUCCAACAAACUUGCAAAUACUCAAGAGUUUCAGGGAAACAUGUAUAGUUGCUAAAAUCUUGUCACCAUCGUUCACGCAGACUUCACAACUUAUUUACUCGCCUCAAAAAGACAUGUCACUUAUGCUCUGCUCUAGUGACGACUCAUCAACGCUGCCCAACAUUGGCAUUACACUGACAAGCAGACUUGUCUUGGCAUUUAGAGACCGCUUCAAUGUCACUGAGUCACACGAAGAAGCGUUUAUGGUAGACCUUAUUGUACCUCCGAUAGAAAAGAUGACGACUGUGGAGUUCAAGGAACGUCAACGAUAUCUGCAAGAUUCCUCAGAUUAUGAGGACGUCGAGUCCGGCUCUAGCAGCACAGUGGAUGAAUACGGGUCCACAAGUGACGUCACAACCAGGAUCAGCUCACAGAGCAUGCUCGAAAAGAUACAGAAAAAUGCCAAACUGGAUACGGUGAGACGCUUCAGGCACGCACUGAACCCAAAAUAUUGGCGGCAGACAAAACCAAGACCACCACCUUUGCCUCACCCUUCUACUAUGGGGCUAACACUGUUCACUCUUAAUCAGAAUAAAACAAAUGAAAUCGGCUCCUAUUCGGCCUUCUUCAAGUUUACGGAUGACGAAUCUACAAGCUUAAAACUGAUCACAGCAAGAGACCAUGAUGAAAUCGAGAACUUCUAUGAAGAACUGGAAAUUAAUCCUUGCAAACCAACAAUGCCUGCUGCUCCACUGUGUCCAAACAGUGCUUUCACUGAUCCAGGAUAUAUCCCUGCUCCACCUUCCAAUAAUCCACCAAAGUUGUUUCCCAAGUUUACCGAGAAGCAAGCAGCAUCGGCAACGUCAGACAUUGGAACUCUUUGUCUUUCUGACAUCUCACAAGCAGCACAUUCUAAAGCUAAAUCAUUCACUGAAAAUGGCGAGGAUCACAACAGAAAACAUACCAGCGAGAUACAAAAACCAUUAAUGAGGGUGAAAACAUGGGCAAACCAUUUUGGAAACAGUAUGGGAAAUCGAUUUAGUAUGAGAUUCAAAAAUGACACACCAAAAGGCAACACGACAAACCUCGUUCAUGAUGGUGUGGACUGUAAAGUAACUCCCGCCGAAAAGACUCGUAAUGCCGUUAUGUGCUUAGAGGAUCGACGUUUUGAUUCCAAUUUAUCUCUGACACGAUCAAAAUCACAAAGUGAACUUUGGGAUUUGAAUGAAAGGAGAAAUUGUGCAAACAGUUUUUCUCCAGUUACGCUUGCAUAUGAUUGUAAAGACUUACCUUACUUCAUAGAAAACCAAAUUAGGAGAGAAAAACAAGAAAGCACCAUACAUCCAUCUUAUAAUUUUCAGCAUUCAGUUUCUUCCAAAAUAUUGGAACUACAGACACUAAAACCAAAGCCGCGAACACUAAAUAAACCUUUGCUUCUUGAAAGCGACCAUUGCUACCAAACAUUGCCACAGAUCAUAAACGAACAGCUCACACUGAACGCAACAGAUUAUUCUGAACAUGUAGAAACUUUACCUGACGACGCAAAAUCAUCAACAAACAACACUGGGCUUUCUUUGCCACACACGGUCGACAAUAUACGUCCACCAAAACCGUUACCCAAGCCGAGAAAUCGCACUAGUACUAAAGUUUAA